UUCCAACAUUUGAAAGCAUCGCAGCAGCGGCUUGCCACGUUUCAACUUUCAACCCGUUUCCUUAACGCCGAAGCUAUCACCGAAGGGUACAACCGUCAUUUCACACCCAACCCUUUCUUCCCCACACGCGCAUUUACACACACAAAUCCAACUUCGCUCUAUUCUGAUCGAAAACGGAGAUGGGGCUUCUGUCCAACAGAAUAACUAGGGAGAGGCUGAAACCAGGGGAUCACAUCUACUCUUGGAGGACUGGUUAUAUAUAUGCUCAUCACGGCAUAUAUGUGGGUGAUGACAAAGUCAUUCACUUCACUAGACGUGGGCAAGAAGUCGGAACCGGUACUGUGCUAGAUCUUCUCCUCAUUAGUUCGGGACCAACCAGGACUCAAGAAAUUUGCCCAGUGUGCACAGCGCCCCAAGAGGCACACGGGGUUGUCUCCUCAUGCCUUAACUGCUUCCUAGCUGGUGGUGUCCUGUACCGGUUCGAGUAUGCAGUCUCCCCUGCCCUCUUCCUUGCAAAAGCCCGCGGCGGAACGUGUACUCUGGCAGUCUCUGACGAAGAUGAUAUCGUGGUCCAUCGAGCAAAAUAUCUGCUCGAAAAUGGCUUUGGGUGCUACAAUGUUUUCAAGAACAACUGUGAAGACUUUGCUAUCUAUUGCAAAACUGGACUCCUAGUUGUUCAACAAGGAAGAAUGGGACAAAGUGGCCAAGCAGUUUCCAUCAUAGGGGGGCCUCUUGCUGCUGUUGUAUCAGCACCGAUUCGAAUGGUAACCACCAACGUUUAUGGAAUGGCAGUGACGGCCAUUGGAGUCUACUGCUACAGUAGGUAUGCUACAGACAUUGGAAUGAGGAGUGAUGUGAUGAAGGUACAAGUUGAAGAGUUAACAACAAGGCUGGCCACUGGGUUGUUGCAGGUGGUUGAACCCCAAAUUCAAGCUAAUGUUGUUCGUCAAUCUCCUCAGCUUGUCACUCAAUGAUUAAGCAUUGUGUUUGUUUAAAUAUUUGACUAAGGAUAUACCGGGUAUGUGAGUCUCAUGCGUUUUUCUUUUUGAAUAUGGGUGUGUAAGCGAUAUAAAAUUUAAUGGAAUUGUACUAUGGAUUUGAUCCCUUUUACAAAUACGUUUAGUUACAUGUUAAUUUUAAUUUAUUGGAAAAGUUUAAAUAA